GUGGUAACUAAACCAACUAAGAACGUAACCGUCAUGACGAAGGAUACUUGUAACAAGUUCGUAGAAGUUUUACAUGCCAUACAUAUAAGAUGUAGUAACUGAUACUGAAGAUGAUCAUUGAUUAGAUCCUACAUCUCUUCUAAGUCCGCCCUACAACUCAGGCUCAGAAGCUGCUCCACGCACACGAGAAGGGUUUCAUGGUAGCACAAAACACGAAGAGGAUGUUCAUAGAGUGUGCAUGGGAAACUAGAGAUUGGGAAAUGUCUGUGGAGGACGUCCGUGGCGAAAGAGCUUGGGUUGAGGAACUGGAAACGGUCGAAGCGGAGGAUGAGGAAGUGAGGAAACUGAAUCAGGCAGAGGCAGAUGCGUCGUCAUCUAAUAACAUCGUGGCAGAAGAACAAGAAGGCUCAAGCCGCGACUCUCCGUCUCAUAGUAGUAUGACGGCAGUACUAGAGGAACAGGUCGUGGGAGACGAACAAGGCCAAGUAGGCAACUCUGUGUUUGUGGUCUCUGAGUCUCCUGAGCCGAUCAAGAACAUUAGUGAAGCAAAGCAGAGAUUACUGGAGCGGUUUUUACUGGAAGAAAUCCUACAACCUGGGAUGUGGCGUCACGUGCAUGGAGAAAGAGGUAGAGCAGGGGACGAAGAAGAAGAUAGGCAAGGAAAAGAUCAAGAAGUUUCUUCAUCCUCUGCAGAGGUUAAUGACGCAGCUGUCACAGUAGUGGAACUACCACCAGUAGCAGAUAUUUCUAGCCGCUUUAGCAAGCGCUUUGGUCAACGUAGUUCAGCUUUGGACGUGAGGAUGCUUCGGCCGACGGGGAGAGACUUGCUGAGAUUUUUGAAACUUAAGAUGCAAGGAGAAUUACUUAUAAUACGGUUAGCAUAAUAGUGACUUAGUGCCAUCCAUCUUUAAAUAAUGCUCUUUUCCCUGCUCUCACAUACAUUCAUUUGCAUUUCCAUACACUAUCUAAAACACCGACAUGUUAUUUGCAUUUCCAUCUAGAACAUCGACGUCUUUUUAGUACUCUUGCGUCUGUGUAUUCGAAUUCCUCCAGGAAAUGUUGACUGAUGGGUAAUAAAGAUGGCUCCACCAGGUUCAUUCUCUAAUAGCAAAGGCGGAAUAGCCACUUUUUUAGAUCGGCUCGACGUCGAAGGCAGAGCCGUGGUCCCUCUCGAGCUACGGCAGGAACUUCUGAUGGCCUUGAAAAAAGUCGUCUACGAACUGCUCUACAAGUCGCAAUUGGAAGAGGAAAAAGACGCGGCGAGAAUAUUUCAGACGCCUGGAAGUGCAAGAACCGGGAAUACUCCUUCACAAUCUACUUCAGGAGGGGAGCAAGAUUCAACACCUCGAUUCUAUCUCUCGCACCGACGAAUUUUAGAUGCGUACAAGAGGCGACUUAGAGAAAGGGUCACGGAUCCGUACAACGUGAACCCACCCAUGUGUUUUUGGGGCUACUACAUUGCCGCAACUAUCCGUACCCGCAUGUUGGAACCCGAUCCGGCAUCAGCGCUAAAUCGAGAACGCGAUACUCUCGUCAAUAUGAGCCAGAAGAACUUGUUUUUAGUACCUUGAAGAUUCCAUAGUGAAUCCUUAUUCCUAACCCUGAUGGGUGCUAGUCCCUGACCCUGAUCCUUAUUCCUGACCCUGAUUCCAUAGUGAAUCCUUAUUCCACCUGUUGGGUACUAGUCGACAUCCUUAUUCCUGACCCUGACCUGUUGGGUACUAGAAGCCUCUAAUCCCCAGAUGAUCCAGCGAAUGCUGAUGGACAAAGCAAAUAUCGGCAAUGUAGCGGAUCUCAGUGGGUGGCCUCUGGAUCACGCGCAGAUGAUCCGGAGUGUUUGGCCUGACUCUACAUGGCGUAUUCUCCAACCCGGAGGCCUGCCGACCGACACCACAGACACCGUUCGCCCGAUUGCUUCUUCGAGUCAACAAGGUUCUGGAGAAGAUGACUCGACGCUUCUACCCGGGACGACGUACAGAGGUGGAAGUAGUGGCGGUGGGAGUAGACGGAUAUUGUUUCGGGUACUAGAAAUGAUAGAUGAGUCACAAUCCUUUCCUAGGCGAGUUGUGAGCAAGCGCAUAAUCGUAGAAAAGGAAACCACAUACCACUUGCAUGCCUACUACAUACUUAGCAUACUUUUUUCCUCGAAAGUUUUCAUCCUCCAUACCUUACUCUCACAAGCAGGUUCCUGAAGACUACUACCCAGAACGAAACGUUCUUUAUGGAGAGGAGCACGUUUGCAGUUUUUAGAUUGCAUUUGCCGUUAUACUGUGAUGUCUCGAAAUUCUCUGCUCGCGGCAUAAUCUUACAACAGUACUAAGUAUAAUUACUAACAACUCUUGCUCUUCCAGUUCUUCGAAAUCCAACUUCCUUCUCUAAUCCCUCCGCGUCUCCGUUGUUGGGUACCACGCUACCUUGGCCCUAGAAAUCGUCAAAGUGUGGGAAUUGCUGCCUGAAAUCGUACCCGGACUCAAUGUGAGAAUCACAACGAGUAUCAUAGACGACGAAUUAGACCGGACACUUGAUUAAGGCUCCUCAGGACACUUGAUUGAGGCUGUUAUCCUGCUUUUAGAAUCUUGAUCUUCACGACCGUUCAUCUUGGUUAAGUACCCCCUCUUUCUUAGAUUCUGCGAAGAUGCUCGAAUCAGACCUAAUGAUCAGACCGUGGCUGGCUUCUGGUUUCGAAAAGAUGUUGUCCUACAACCUCUGAAUUUUUGAGAAGGUGAAUUGUUGUCCUCAGUCCUGUGAAGAGUUCUAAUCUAGUGGCGAAACGGAGCGCAACAAACUGAGCGAGCUUGUGACUAAUGGCCAAAACUUCCAUUUGAUCAAUAAGCUAGUUGGUGGAAAACUCGCUGACGGCGCUCGAGGUCAUUUCGGUACUGGAGCAGACGACGUAGGAGACAUCGGAGUAGAUCGGAAAGUAGACGCCAGUAGUGGUAGUGGCAGUAUCAGUAGCACUAACGGAGAUGGAGGUGGAGCUGUACAAGAAGAAGGUGGGUUCGGGGCAGGAGGUGCAAAUGCACAAGGGGUAGAGGAUAGUACAGCAUCGUCUUCGUCUUCGUCUGCACAGACAACCUCUAACAGCAAGAAAGCCCAAUCCGGUGGCUUCCGUCUCUGUUCGUACUUCAAUGUUUGUGCCAAAGACAGUCGGUUGCUGCACCUCAACAAGCGAUUUUUACGGCGGGUGACACUACCGAAGACAGGGCUCGCGAACCCUGGCUUUCCUGAGUUCGAGGCUUGGCUUAACGAAUGGGUCUUCCUCUUCAAGUCCAAAGACGAAGAUCCGUAUGGCUUUCGAUACAUCAGAUCUGCUACUUCUUUCUUUUGUUGAGGAGCUAUCUCUCGUUAUCGUUUGAAGAUGUGAGACUUGACUCAUUUUCUUUACAGAGAUAGUGAAGGUGAUCACAGACACAAUUUCAUGACGUCGAUGUUGAUCCCAGUUACGUUGCUGUUGCUUCACAACGAAGAUAACUCCUUUCAGCUAGAAGUUGGCAUCACCUCUUAAGGCUGCGAAAAGAGCGGACGAGGAGUCUUUGUUAGCAGAGCUUCGAGAAAGGCUUGACUCAGUGCGCGGCUUCUCGCAGGCACCCAACACAGGUGGCAGCGCUCUUUGUCAAUUAGACGAGGACGCCGACGAAGAUCAAACUGCAGCAGGAGAAGAAGUAGAAGGUGUUGAGUCUACUUCUGCAAGAGAGCGUAGCAGGAGCAAUCAACACAAACAUUCGGCCUCUUGCGGCAUGUCAAAAUCCGAACUGACCGAACAGGGAGGUCUUCACCAGGUCCAAGACCAACCACAUUUCGAUCUAGGCAUAGACACUGCGGACAUUCACGUGUGUACCGAACCUGCUGUUCUCUGCUUGCCGGUUGCGAUCGCGAAUCCUAGGAAAAUUGUGGUUGGCUAUUUCGGAAACCCUUUGGCAGCAUAUGUUCCGGCACCAUAUCUGGAAACAUGGUUUCGCUAUUUUCGAGAUCUGCUGUCCAAUUUCUUUCCGGUUGCUAGUACCAGGUUUUUGGCGAAGCAAAUGGAAUACCAAACCGGUCGGUUUCUAAGAAGACAAAAAAUACUAAAACUGUAAUAUCAAGAGGUGCUACAGGUAGACCUUAUCCUUGGAGGAUAUUCAGUAUGUCAAAUAUGAUUAAAAGGUGAUAGCCAUAGAAGAUGUACACAAUAGGGAUAGUCUCAACCUUCUCAAACUCAAUCGAUUCGUCAACAAAUCUGUCCUCUACUUCUUCUAAACUGCGUCAGUAGCCAGCGCCCGUUGGCUUUGUACGUCGAUACUGUGUGGGCACCGCCGACUUUGGGCCGUGUGUCCAACUGGAACAUUCUGCAGAGCCACGAGAACUUUCCGCCUAACCGGGAUGAAGAUUAUGAAAGGCUGAUGAGGUGCGUCACUGUUGGUGAUGAUCGAAAACGAAAAUCAAAAUUCUCGUAGUACUGAAGCGUCUGCUCGCGUCUGUUCCUGAUUCAACUGCAAGAUAUUUCUGGGCACAUUUUUUGUCGCCCAGAACCCCCUCUUGUUUCUUUUACAACCACGCUAAUGUCCCAGAGAAAGGUAUGCCGCGAGCAGAGACGAGGAACAAAAUAAUGACGCUGUUCUUGAUGCGAGCAGUGACGCAGCUGAGACCCGGAAGCGACAGGACCUUCGUAUGCUCGUACGUUCAAUAG